UCUUCUCCCCCGAGUCUGCCUUUCAUUCUUCUUUCCUCCUUCUCCUUUCCAAAUUUCACCACCGCCCGCCGCCUUGCGUAUGAUAUGAGAGCCUCCUUGUCUUCUUCGCCCUUUUAUUUUUGUUCCUCCUUCUCUUGAACCUCUGCCACCCAUCUACUGUUUGGUGAAGAGUCUGCAAAGAGAGCAUUUUGGGUUGAAGAUUGAUUUGCUAUUUCUGUCUUUCUGUGCAAUUUCUCACAAAUUGGACACGGAGUCUUAUUCCUUUGGUGAAUGUAUUUCAGAUAUGGUUUCUGGGCUUAGGUGAUUUUGGUGCACAUAUGGGGACUCGAAAUUUUUUAUGGAACUCGGCUAAGAAGUUUUUCACCAUUGGCCUCAUAGGCCUUACGGUAUCUGACCGGUAUUUUAGCAUUGUUCCUGUUCGAGGUUAUUCAAUGUCUCCUACUUUUAAUCCCCAAAUCAGCAGUUCUACAGGAUCCUUGACUGAUGACCGUGUCCUUGUGGAGAAAUUUUGCCUCGAAAAGUACAAGUUCUCAUGUGGUGAUGUGGUGGUCUUCUGCUCUCCUAGUAAUCAUAGGGAAAUGCAUAUAAAGAGAAUAACUGCCCUACCUGGUGACUGGAUCAGUACUCCUCACUCUUACGAUGCUAUUGUGGUCCCGAAAGGGCAUUGCUGGGUUGAGGGAGACAAUUCAGUGUUUAGUUUGGACUCAAGAUCCUUUGGACCGAUUCCUUUGGGUUUGGUUCAUGGAAGGGUCACACAUAUUGUCUGGCCUCCCCAAAGAGUUGGUAAAGUUGACAAAAGAAUCCCUCAGGAGCAUUUGCCUUUCUAAUUUUUUUUUUUGAGUUUGUCUUCUGAUUGUAAGGUACAAACGAUCCUGGAAGACAUUGAAGACUUGAAGAAGAACUACUUUGAAAGCUGUUUGUUUUUGUUUGUUCCCAGAACUGCUAAUAGUUGUAGCCAUGCUAUGGCUCAAUUUGCAGUUAAGUCAGUUAGGAUGAUUGAAUGGGAGGGAGCAUUCCCAUUUUGGUUAUCAGAACUAGCUAGAAAGGAUAUGGGAGUAGUUACCCCUUUUUGUAAUUAACUCUUGUAAUAUCAAGUGUUAAUAUUUAUAAAAUUGGUAUCGUUU